AUGGAACUGAGAGCCUUGCAGCCAAUCAGCGCGCUAGCAGCGAGUUUUUGCCAGUUCACGGUGAUUCGUUCGACGAUCACGGAGAGAGAAUCGCAGCGAGGCGAGAAAGUCACUGAGUCGCGGUAUUGGGAGCCAAGAACAGUGAAAAAUCGUGGAAAGGAGAGAAAGGAGCAAACCAUACAGCGGGAAUACUGGAGAUCGAGAGAGGAAAGGGUUAGCGGAAAGGAAGAGGCGGUGAAGAGUUCCAGGGAAGUAGAGUUUCGCGAGAAGGAAGUGGCGAAAAGUUUCGCGGAAAGAGAAAUAGCGAUCGAGUGUCCCGAGAGGGAAGCAAGUUCCGAGCGAGAAGAGGUGAUAGAAGAGAGUCCAAAGCUAGAUAGAGCUGGGAAGGGAAAGGAUAUAGAGACGGAAAACCGCGGAAAGGGGGAAGGAACGAUAAUAGUGCAGCCCAAGUGGGAAGUAAGUUCCGAGAAAGAGGAAGUAGGGGUUAAGAGUUCGAAGAAGGAGGGAAGAGUAGAGGAAGUAAUCAAGUGUCCCAAGUGGGAGGCGAAUUUGAAGAAAGAAGCGAGUCCUAAGGCAGAGGGAGGAACAGAGGAACCAGGAACGAUAAUCGAGCGUCCCAAGCGGGAAGCAAGGUCCAAGGAAGAAGAAUCGGUCAAGGGCAGUCUGAAGGAAGAUAAAACUGUAGAAGGAAAGGUUCUAGAGACAGAGGGCGGAGAAGGGGAAGAAGAGGGUCGUCCCUUAGCAGGAGGGCCCCACAGAUGCGGGGCCCGGAGGGGCCAGUCCGCGGCGGCGUGA